UAUAAGUAUCUAAUACAAAAUUCACGAAUUGAUUUCAGUCACAGCCACAACUUCCAAACCCUAAUUUGUGGAACUGCAAAAGGGGAUUCCAACAAUUUACCGCUUCUGAUCUCGCAUAACUAACCACCAGCCUCGGCUAAAGAUAGGGGGAAGGAUAACGCUGGAAAAAUACCCCAUUCCAGGGAAAACCUGCCGUCACCACCUAAAGAUCCAUCAAUCUCACAACGCCAAUAUGGCAUCUCCCCGUAUCAUAACACCUUGGCUCCCACCUCCACAACGAACAUACAUCUUCCUAAAUGCCACCAUUGUAAGCCCAGUUUCUGGAACAACGAUACCCCAUCAAACCGUCAAAAUUUCCAAGGGCGUCAUAGAAUCAAUUACGACAACAGAAAAUGAGUAUACUCUAGUCACUCACCCUCACGAAACAACUAUCGACCUAAAAGGAAAAUAUUUAUGUCCAGGCCUUAUAGAUAACCACGUGCAUAUUUCUGCCGUGCCUGGAGAAAAGAAUCUUGGUGAUUUGUUUCGACUAUCUCAUGAUGUGGGAUUGUUGAGACAACCGUAUAUGUGUCGACAAAUGCUUGCGAGAGGGUUUACGAGUGUGAGAGAUUGUGGUGGUGCUACAUUGGCUUUGAAGCAAGCUAUCGCUGAUGGAUUAGUUGAAGGACCUAGGCUUUUUAUUGCUGGGAAGGCGUUAUCUCAGACUGGAGGUCAUGGUGAUGUGAGAGGGCCGUAUGAUAACUCGAGUUGUGGGUAUGUCAUGUUUCUAUUUUUUUGUCCUUACUCUACACGCUUCCCGAAUCUAUUUCACAUUUAAAAUCACUUGCUAACUCAAUUCCCUGGGCGUUUAGCUGCAAUAGCACGGAUUUAUCUCGAGUCUGCGAUGGUGUAGCUGAUUGUACCAGAGCAGCUCGAGAAGAACUCCACGGGGGUGCAGAUUUCAUUAAGAUCAUGUCAGGUGGUGGAGUGGCGAGUCCUACUGAUAAGAUGGACUCCGUUCAAUUUCUCUCCUCUGAGAUCCAAGCAAUUUCCGAAGUUGCAAGAAACGCUGGAACUUAUGUCACAGCCCACGCAUAUACACCACGUUCAAUCAUCCAUGCAAUCUCAAAUGGUGUAACUGGAAUCGAACACGGCAACCUCAUCGACGCAGAAACGGCAAGAUAUAUGGCCAAGAACAACAUCUUUCUGACACCAACACUGGUAACCUACAAUGCCAUUUCACAUCCCGAUUUCAAAGGUUACAUACCACCUGGAUCCAUGGAUAAAAACCAAGGCAUCCUAGAAUCUGGUCUCAAAGCCCUUCGUCUUGCGAGCGAUGCAGGUGUAACCAUUUGUUUUGGCACUGAUCUCCUUGGUCCGAUGACAAUCCUUCAAACACAAGAAUUCUCGAUCCGCUCUGAGGUGCUUAGUCCUGUGAAAAUUUUGAGAAGCGCAACGGUGAAUAUUGCGAAGAGACUUGGGAUGGAGAAUUUCUUGGGUGCAAUUGAAGAGGGAUUUGCGGCUGAUUUGUUGAUCUUGAAUGAGAAUCCUCUGGAUGAUAUCACAGUGCUGGAUAUGCCGGAAAAGCAUCUGUUGGCUGUUAUUAAGGAUGGGAGGGUAUUCAAUAGCCGGUGGAGUAAGUUGCCAAAAGAUACAGAGAAGGUGACAAAGCUUCUUGAGUAGAUGGCUAAGAUUUGAUACUCUUCUUUGUGCUAUUGAAUGACACUCUAUGGGCAAAAAGAAAAAGACAUGCAGAAGUUUUAUUCAAUUACAAAAUAGAAUGAAAAAGGCUUUAUAAGAUACGUUAGAGCUUUCUUCAUGCAAUACUCACUAAUACAGUGAUAGAAAAGAAUGGUCC